CUUAACCUCAACCUCAACCAAAACCAACCAUCUUCAGUUUUGGUUUCUCGCUCCUAUGAUGGGAGUGUCGGGUGGCGAUGAUGACAUUGUUCAAAUCCGGCAACCCGACAAACCCGGCGAUCCUUUCAUCAUCACCGUCAAUUGCCCCGACAAGACCGGUCUCGCUUGCGAUAUCUGCAGAAUCAUUCUCGAUUUCGGGCUCUGCAUUGCCAAAGGAGACGUUUCAACUGAUGGCGCGUGGUGCUACAUUGUAUUUUGGGUGAUUCCACGCUCUGUGUUGCUUCCUGUGACUUCUUAUCUCACAGAUCGACUUCAGGCUAUUUGUCCACCUUGUUUGGCCUCUUUUUAUCUCAUUCAGCAACCUUCUAGAUCUUCUCCUGUUUAUCUAUUGAAGUUUUGUAGCCUUGAUCGAAAGGGAUUGUUACAUGAUGUAACUAGAGUCCUCUCUCAGCUUGAACUUACAAUUCAAAAGGUGAAAGUCACCACUACCCCUGAUGGAAGAGUAUUGGACCUCUUUUUCAUAACUGAUAACUUGGAACUUAUGCACACAAAAAAGAGACGAGAUGAAACAUGUGAUAGAUUGAAUGCAGUUCUGGGAGGCUCGUGUAUCAGCUGCGAACUUCAAUUGGCAGGUCCGGAGUAUGAAUGUAAUCAGGGUAUCUCUUCUCUUUCUCCUGCUUUAGCAGAGGAGCUGUUUCGAUGUGAUUUGUCAGAUAAUGAGGUUCGUUCUCAAGCUCUUAGCCCAGAUAUGACGAAGUUGAAGAAAACCAAUGUAACACUAGACAACUCCUUAAGCCCAGUUCAUACUCUAGUUCAAAUACGAUGUGCUGAUCACAAGGGUCUUCUUUAUGACAUUAUGAGAACUUUGAAGGACAUGAAUAUAAAGAUUUCCUAUGGCCGAUUUUCGCCCAAUGCCAUGGGGUAUCGUGAUUUAGACAUAUUUAUUCAGCAGAAAGAUGGGAAAAAGAUUCUGGAUCCGGAGAAGCAGAGUGGUCUCUGCUUUCGUUUGAAACUGGAAAUGCUUCAUCCAUUGCGAGUAAUCAUUACAAACAGAGGACCAGAUACUGAAUUAUUGGUUGCUAAUCCCGUUGAGCUAUCUGGAAAGGGAAGACCUCGAGUUUUUUAUGAUGUCACAUUUGCUCUCAAAACACUUGGAAUUUGCGUUUUCUCGGCUGAAGUGGGAAGGCAUUCAGCAUUAGAACAUGAAUGGGAGGUGUACAGAUUUCUCUUGGAUGAUAACUGUGAGUUUCAAUUAACAAGUGUUGUUGCUAGAAAUCAGAUUGUUGAUAGGGUUAGAAGAACCUUGAUGGGUUGGUGA